AUGAGGCUUCAUUUGUUCUUUUUCGCCAUUUUGACUCUGCUCAUAGUGGAGAUCCAUGCUGUAGACUCGGACACGACUGUCUUUCCUUCUUGCGCUAUCACUUGUGACCAUCAGUUAUUCACUGGUUGCUCAUUGAACAACAAUACAUCAUGCUUCUGUGCUAGUGGCUCUCGUCCCACGGCCCUAUUAAAUUGUGCUGAAAUGAACUGCACGACAAAGGAAUUCUUCACGACAAAACGUCUUUAUGAACAAGAAUGUGAUAUAACACCGCUCAAAGGCCCUCCAGUGGUCGAUGCCUCAACUUUAAUCCCUCUUAUUCUUGCAUCGUUUUUCUUCAUUAUGAGAGUGGUCGCCAAAGGUAGCGGCCUUGGUGGUGGAUGGGGAUUGGAUGAUUAUACAAUAGUCGUCUCAUAUGUCAUGGGAGUCGCCAUAUAUGUUCUGAAUAUUUACAUGAUCCGAAGUGGCUUCGGACAAAAUAUCUGGGACGUCCCUUUUCCCACAAUCACCAGGUUCUACCAGUAUUUUCAAGCUCUUGCCGUGAUGUAUAAGAUUCAAAUCUCGCUAGCAAAGAUCUCCGUGUGUCUCUUCCUACUCCGCAUCUUCAAAUCGCGGACAUUCCGUUAUUUAGCAUACACGCUCAUCGGUGUCAACGCCGCGAUUGGUAUCACUUGGGCCUUGGUGGAUGCUUUCCGCUGCUUACCGACCCACCUAACAUGGACAGGCUGGAAGAACGAGGAAACCGGACAGUGCAUCGAUUUCAUCUCCUCAAUCCUCGUCAACUGUCUGGUGAACAUCAUUGUUGACUUUAUAUUGAUCGUCAUGCCGGUGUACGAGGUGGUCAAGCUGCAGUUGCCUCUGCGAAAAAAAUUCUCUGUAGCAUUGAUGUUUAUUGUGGGCUCUGUCCUAACAAUCAUCGCGAUCAUCCGAGUCAUUGUCUUCUGGACCAAUCGAUGGGGUGCUAAUCAGACUCUCGGCCUAUACCCUCUCAUUCACUGGACUGUCAUCGAAUCCCAAAUCUCUGUUAUGUGCGCUUGUCUACCUGCGUUUAGAGCUAUCGUUGGUCGGUGGUUCCCCCGUUUCCUUGGGGGAACGUCGUAUCAAACGAACCCAGCCACAGCUGAUUACUAUAACAACAAGUCUACGCCAGGAAGCAAGAUCAACAAGUCUGUUACCUAUUCAGUGAAUUAUGAAUCACGUUCGGGAAGGAAUAGUGAUGUGGAAUUGCUAGAUAUAGAUCCGAAUCAGGGGAAAUGA